CUCGGAUCCACGAAUUGCGUGCUUUUUUUGGGCGCGGUGCGGUGCGGUGCGGUGCAUGUGGUGUGGUGGAGCGAGCGCACGGACGUUCUUACACAGACACAGACACACAUCACACACACACGUACACGCCCUCUGCUCACGACUCGGGACUCACACUCGGACUGACACUCACUGACACUGCCCACGUGCCUGCUGUAGUAGUGCUGCAGAUCUUGGAGUAGAACUUCUCUAUAGCUGAUGCUGGCCGGCCCCCUCGUCAACGUGCCCUCGCGCGGGUGCGGCGGUAUAGCGAGUGCAAGAUCGUGUGAGCGAGCGAGCGAGUCGAUGAACAUCAUCGUUGCGCACGCUCUCCAACCUCUUUGCGCUCCUCCAUCACACUAAUCCCCCGCCCGAGCCGUAUACCAUACUCUUCCAACCUGAGCUCACCCUUUGCAAACAUGGCUUCUCACUUUGACACUCUUCAGCUCCACGCUGGUCAAGAGCCCGAUCCUGCAUCCAACGCCCGUGCUGUGCCCAUUGUUGCUUCUACCUCAUUUGUGUUCAACAACUCUGAGCAUGGAGCCAACUUGUUCGGUCUGCGCGAGUUUGGAAACAUCUACUCGCGUCUUAUGAACCCGACCACUGAUGUGUUUGAGAAGCGCAUUGCAGCCCUCGAGGGCGGUGCUGCUGCUCUUGCCACCUCGUCUGGUCAAAGUGCUCAGGCCAUGGCCGUGCUCGCUUUGGCCCAGGCGGGGGACAACAUCGUCUCCACGUCUUACUUGUACGGAGGAACGUACAACCAGUUCAAGGUCCUCUUUCCUCGCAUGGGCAUCACGACCAAGUUUGUCAAGGGAGACAGCCCAGACGACAUUGCCAAGGCGAUCGACUCCAAGACAAAGGCGGUGUACAUCGAGUCGAUUGGUAACCCGCGCUACAAUGUGCCGGAUUUGGAGGCCAUCGCCAAGAUUGCCCACGAUCACGGCAUUCCCCUCGUCGUGGACAAUACGUUUGGUGCGGGCGGAUACCUCAUCCGUCCCAUCGACCACGGAGCAGACAUUGUCGUGCACUCUGCCACAAAGUGGAUCGGCGGUCACGGAACGACGAUUGCCGGAGUGGUCGUCGACUCUGGCAAGUUCGAUUGGAAAAAGUCUGGACGUUUUCCACAAUUCACCGAGCCUUCGGAGGGCUAUCACGGUCUGAAGUUUUGGGACACGUUUGGAGCGGUCACGUUUGCCAUUUUCCUUCGCGUAGUGAUUCUGCGCGACUUGGGACCUAGCAUCAACCCUUUUGGCUCCUUUUUGCUCCUGCAAGGUCUCGAGACGCUCAGCUUGCGCAUUCAGCGUCAGGCCGACAAUGCCCUCGCCAUUGCUCAAUGGCUCGAGAAGCACCCCAAGGUCGCUUGGGUCUCCUACCCCGGUCUCACCUCUCAUCCGAGUCACCAGCUGGCCAAAAAGUACCUGCCGCGCGGUUUCGGAGGUGUGUUGUCUUUUGGUGUAAAGGGCGACGAUAAGUCCGGCGCGACGUUUGUGGACAACCUCAAGCUUGCCAGCCACUUGGCAAACGUGGGAGACGCAAAGACGCUCGUCAUUGCUCCUGCCGCCACGACUCACCAGCAGCUGACUGACCAGGAACAGCUGGACUCUGGUGUGACCAAGGACCUGAUCAGACUGAGCGUCGGAUAUGAGUUCAUCGACGAUAUCAAGGCUGAUUUGGAGCUUGGCUUCAAGGCUCUUGCUUAGAGGUUGGGUGAAGGACGCUGCUGCUGCUGCUGCUUCUUGUCGGCGCUCGCACGCGGGCGUUCGCGCCUGAUCUAGCCUGACACGGCGUCGCCGCUCCAAAGGACGGACACGGGGAAAUGAUUUCCGGUGGAGGUUUCGGGGAGGGGGUCCCAGACAGAUUUGACGUGUAAUUUUUUGGAAAAAUAAAAUGUAUCGCGGACGUGCGUCGUCAGAA